AUGAUCUUAAGUCUUACAGCAGAUGAGGUUUUGCCUCCUCGGCUGCUAUUUUAUGUGGAUGAGGCUUCUUACGUGGAGAUAGAUAAUUGCGAGAUUGAAAACUAUGACAAGUUGAAUGAAGCACUUGCAAGAGGAGACCACUCAUGGACUGCCCUAACAUUAAAGUUGUGCAGUUCUCUGGAAGUGGCUAAUAAGUUGGUCCAAUCGACACACGGGAAUGCUGGAUUGCUGUUAGAGAAGGUUGAAGAGCUCGAGAAGAUUAUUAAAAGGGGAAAUUCAGCUGUGGCAGCUGUGAAGGCUAUCACCAUAACUUCAGUUGGUGAUGGAAAGCCUUCUACUGGCAGUGAACAUGUAAAGUGAUCCUCUGUAUGUGGGAGCAACUUCGGUAAGUUUCGCCAGAUUCCUCGGUUGCAUGAGUGCAG